AUGUACCCUUGGUACGCGAUCCGCUUAAUCCGGCAAUCUGACAGCGAUAUAUCUGAGAUAUAUAAAGCGACGAAAACCCUGACAGGAAACAGUAGACCCAAAAAAAAGCUUCUAAAGUCUAAGGACGGUCAGCUAAUCGCGACGUCUGAACAUCAACUGCGACACUGGCGGAAACAUUUUGAAGAGGUUUACCGCUCCAUUACACCGACCCCAACUGAUACACCGCAGCACACCUCCAUUCCAUCUAGGCUUCUGGACAUCAACGUCGAUCCACCCACUCACGACGAAGUGGCCAAGGCUAUCCAGUCUCUCAAAAUUUGCAAACCUUCAGGACUGGACCUGGUUACUGCAGAAAAAACUUACUGA